CUUAAUACUAAAGCCAAAAAAGACCAGUAAUCUUUAAUUUUUAGUCUAGUAUAUUUCAAUAUGCCUAGUCCAUUUUUUGCUACUACUACUACUACUAUUUUCCUAGUAGUGUUAUUUAUUAUUGGAACAUUUGUAAGUUGUAGUGAGGGUGCUCCUCGUGCUUUCUUUGUGUUUGGUGACUCUCUUGUUGACAAUGGCAACAAUAAUUAUCUACUAACUUCAGCAAGGGCUGAUUCUCCACCUUAUGGCAUUGAUUAUCCUACUCAUCGUCCUACUGGCCGUUUUUCCAAUGGUUUCAAUAUACCCGAUCUUAUAAGCCAAGCUCUUGGUGCUGAGGCAACAUUGCCAUACUUGGACCCUGAGCUUACUGGAGAUAAAUUACUUGUUGGAGCAAAUUUUGCUUCUGCUGGAAUUGGAAUUCUGAACGACACUGGAAUUCAGUUUGCAAGCAUAAUAAGAAUAGCGAGGCAACUACAGAACUUCCAACAGUACCAAGCACGAGUUAGUGCUCUUAUAGGAGAAGAACAGACAGAGAGGCUAGUAAAUGGUGCACUUGUUCUUAUUACUUUGGGAGGCAAUGACUAUGUCAACAACUAUUUUCUCACACCAUUUUCAGCUAGAAGACUUCAGUACAACCUUGAAGAUUUCUCUGUUUACAUCAUCUCAGAAUAUCGAAAGAUCUUGAUGAGAUUGUAUGAAUUGGGAGCUAGAAGAGUUUUGGUGACAGGAUCAGGUCCAUUAGGCUGUGUGCCAUCAAGUCUAGCCUCAAGAAGCACCAAUGGAGAAUGUGCUGAGGAACCUCAAAGAGCUUCUGCUAUUUUCAACCCUCUUCUCAUUCAAAUGCUUAAAGGCCUCAAUCAAGAACUUGGCUCUGAUGUCUUUGUUGCUGCAAAUGCUGUGGAAAUGCAACACAACUUCAUCAAUAAUCCCCAAGCUUAUGGUUUUGUUACAUCAAAGAUGGCAUGUUGUGGACAAGGACCAUAUAAUGGAGUUGGUAUUUGUACUCCUGCUUCAAAUUUAUGCCCAAAUAGAGAUGUAUAUGCAUUUUGGGAUCCUUUUCAUCCUACUGAACGUGCCAACAAAAUUAUUGUCCAAACAAUUUUUACUGGUUCAGACAAAUACAUGAUACCAAUGAAUUUGAGCACCAUUAUGGCUAUUGACUCUCUCUAAAUCCAAUUAUAUAAUAUGUAUCCUUUUAAAAAAAAAAAAAAUGGGAGUAGGGGAAGGGAAAAUGGGGAGAGAUUACGACGUGAGGAAUCGAACUCUCACCAAUAAGUUGGAAGUUUAGGUAGCCAACCGAUGGAGCUAUUAAGAUUCCUCCAAUUAUAUAGUAUGUAUUUCAAGUUCCAAUUUUAUAAUUGUAAUUUUGUUAUAUAUAAAAUGUAUGUGUAUGAUGAUUGAAAAAGAGAUGUAAUAUGUUUUUGUUUAAUAUAUAUAAUUAUUUAGUUGGUGAUGUA